GCUUUUAUCCAAUUUCAUCUUUCGCGAAAGUUCACUUCCAGAGAGCUGAAGCAGCAGAAAAGAUUUCUCCAUCAGAAACCGAAGUCGAACCUCUGCCGUUCAAUGAAAUCCCUGGACCUCAAGGGAAAUAUGUACCAGCGAUAGAGUUUUAUCGCGUUUCUGAAGGAUUCACCAAAACUUAUAAAUUGACCGACAAGCUAUUCAACCAGUAUGGCCCAAUAUUUAAGCAGUCUGUCACUGAUAGGAGUCCUGUUGUCCAUGUUAUGGAUCCAGUCGACUUUCAAACCGUGUUUCGUGCAGAAGGAAAAUAUCCUUACAGGCCACCAAUUGAUGCGCUCUUAGAAGUUCGGAGAAGAAAGGGAAUGUUUCUUGGGCUCGAAAAUCUAAAUGGUAAGGAAUGGCAAAGAGUUAGACAAGCAGUAGCCCCAAAACUGAUGCGUCCAAAAGUAUUGGAGGAAAACAUUGACAACUUUAAUGCUGUUACAAAAGACACACUGGAACACUUUGUGAAACUUAAAGAGACUAGCGGAUUGGGGGAAGAAAUUCCCGACUUGGAGGGUGAACUGAGUAAAUGGGCAACAGAGAGUGUGGGCACAUUGGUUUUUGACGCUAGAGUUGGGUUAUACAAUGAUCCACCUAGUGAGGAAGCCUUGAGGUUCAUUGGAUCGAUACAUGAUGCUUUUCAAAGCCUCCAUGUCUUUUUUUUUGGAAUUGUGGAGAAAAAAUUAUUUCAAUACAUGAAUACCCCAAACUUUGUCAAGCUUGAGCGUGCAUUGGACACUUCAUUUGAAAUUGGACGUGGAUAUAUUGAUAGGAAAAUGAAAGAUCUUGAAGAAAUGGCUCACAAAGGAUCAGAUGAUUCUCAAGAAUCUGAAGCUGUUUCAUUAUUAACUUACUUGCUGACACGUGAGGACUUGACCCCAGAAGAAAUUUAUGCCAACACCCUUACUAUGUUUGGAGGAGGUGUUGACACAACAACUUACACCACUCUGUGGGCAUUGUACCACCUUGCAAGAAAUUCAGAAAUUCAAGAAAUCCUUUACCAGGAAAUAUUUGGCAUUCUGGGGAAAGAUGGAGAUGUUACGGCUGGAAGCCUCGCAAAAUUGUCUUAUCUCAAGGCUUGUGCGAAAGAAUCUGCAAGGUUGACACCAAUCUUCCCGGCUAAUAGAAGAAUAUUGGAUAAAGAUGUAGUUUUGAGUGGAUAUUUGGUUCCUGCACAGACCAUAAUUCAGAUGGAAUUCUUUGCUACAGCAGCCUCCGAAAAAUACUUCAAGAAUGCAUUAGAAUAUAAACCUGAACGCUGGUUGAGAGAAAACAAGAAAAAUAUUGAUCCCUUUGCAUUCCUUCCAUUUGGCUUUGGUCCGCGCAUGUGUAUUGGCAGCAGAGUGGCAGAGCUGGAAACAUAUCUUCUGGUUGCAAAGGUUAUUCAACGCUUCCGGUUAGAGUAUCACCAUGAGCCACUGGAAAUGUAUCAGAAGAUGUCAGCAGUUCCAGAGAAACCGGUCAGGAUCAAGUUUAUAGAUCGACAUUAAAAGGAUGAUGUUUAAGGGAUUUUGAUCUCGACAUUCUCGCUCUAGCACCAUUUCUAUUUUCAAUAGAUAUGAUUUUUAAGAAAGACAAGUAAUGGAAUCUAAGCAAGCCGACAAAGCUUUAGAGCAUAUAUGCAUUUGCUGAAUUAAUAUUAACACUCUAGAUGAGCCGAUAUACUGCGGAGACUCUAAUUACAUCAAACGAAUGCCUUGUCGUUGAUAAAUUCACCAUUAUAUUUUUAUCGAAAGAUGUUGCUGUAGCUACAGUAUAGUUUUUCAUACAACUGUUACGUUUAAUGAAAGAGUAAAUGACUCAAUUAGCCAAAUAAGUGGAAUUUUUAUCACC